AUGUCGUCUCUUGCAGCGAAAGUGUUGCUCUUGGGCUCGUCCAUGUCGACGCACUCGCCGCUUUCCAGCGGACAGAAGCUGCUGUUGCCUCGGACGCACGAGGUUAUUGACAAAAGUAGCAGCAACAAUAACAACAGCUCAGUGACGUCAACGCCCAUCGAUGCAGCCAGUUCGAUGCAAUCAAUCGGCAAGACCCAGCCAAUGCCAGUAUCGAAGCUGUUCUCUGAUGCUCUUUCCUAUGCCUUGCCUGUGGCAUACUUCGCACCGUCAUUCAACGUCAACCAGAAGCGGCCAGUUACUCCCGUCCUUCCGGGCGCGACGUCACUCAGCACGUGUAAUUCUGCAUUGUCUUCUGCUAUUACUGCUGCUGCUGCAACCAACGAUUCGUACGCGAUAAAAUCCAAACGCGAGAUUCGCCAGAUGAAGAAUCGGGAGAGUGCUAACAAGAGCCGUCUACGUCGCAAAGCACAGCUAACGAAUCUGACGGCGAGAGUCGCCGAGUUUGAAACGAAGGAGAAGGAGAUGCUGAUCAUCAUUGCAGGUCUGCGAGCUGAGAACAAGUCAUUGCUGGACCAGAACAUGUUUCUGCGCUCGUUGGUAACGAGCUGCAAGCAGGAGCAUGCAUCGUCUCACAGCAACCACCAGCUGGCUGCUUUCGUGUCACUGCCAGAUCAGAGCUGCGUGGCGCUCAACAUGCUGGAGAGUGUCCAGAACAUGGAUGUGGAUGAUGACGCACAGGCUGCGGAUUUGGCUGUCAUGACGCCGCAACCAGACAAACGGCGUACUAUGGCGUCCACGUUAUCAAUGGCAAGUGUGGCGGUGUGUGCGUCCGUGUUUGGAAUCACUGUUUUCGUCGACUGCGAUGGCACUGCCGUCGAUGCGGGCAACAUUCGUGGCGUUGGACGCGUGCUGCAUGAGGUUCCGACGUUGUGUGGACAGUUGGUGUCGUCUUCCGAGUUGGUGUUCGGUGUGUUGCUAAACGUGCUGUCCUUCGUUGUCAUCGUGGCGCUGUAUCAGCUGUGGCAGUCGCAUUCAGCGGGUUUUGUGGUCUUACCAAAGUCUGGACGUCGGCAUGCACAGCAAUAG